AUGGACUUCGGUGAUGAUGAAGCAACGUGGGGUGCCGAAGAUGAGGAAAGUGCACCUGCGGACAGGCGCUUGUUGUUCAGCGGGCUUGCCUUCGCUUGGACAUUGGCCACCACUGUUGCGAUGUUGCUGCAAGCCACGCAGCCUGAGAAGGGCGCGCUUCGCCUGGAACACUUUAACGGCUGGCAAUUCAUGAUUUGCUGCGUUAUCAUAUGGCAUCACUACUGCGAUCCAAACAACUUCGCGCAGAUUGCCUAUUGCUCAGUCACGUUCUUUGUCUUUUUCUCUGGCUUCGUUACCCAGCAUGCCUAUGCGGACAAGAUGGCCGGGCCAAAGGCAAACUUGCUUUCGUUCUACCUCAGACGAGUGGGCCGUGUCUUGCCAAUCUACUACGGAAUUCAUUUCCUGGUUCUCAUUGCCAACAAGGAGUCUCCAACGACAGAUUUUCAGGACUCCGUGCUGAUGCUUUGCACCUGGCACGGAUCUUCCCCCUCCACCAACUUCCCCGCAUGGACCGUCUGCGCCUUGUUCUGGUGCUGGCUGUUUGCCCCGCUGCCAUCCAAGCUGAUCCUUUGGAUCCGCCAAAGUUGCGGAGCCAGUGCAAAGUAUCCACUGGCGGUUUGGCUCGUGUUGGUGAUAUUGGGCACCCUAGAUGAGAUCUGGUCACGAUUCGUUCUGCAAGAUGAAGACAUGGAUCUUGACUUUUGGUUCUACGAGACCAAGCACAACGUCUUCAUCUUUGCGCUUGGCAUGGGCACCUGCGAAGUGGCCCAGCGCCUGCCGGCGCGAGGCCUUUGGAAGUGGUUCUGGCCCCUGUGGUGCGAUGCCACCCUGCUAGGCACGCUGCUGGUCACUGCCACCUGGACCGCGACCGACGGCUUCAUUUCCUGGGGCUCCACCUUCUGGAGCGGCUGCUAUGCACCGGUGGCGGUUUGGGUCUUGUCCUCCACGCUUGGGCACCAGUCCCUGCUGAAUCGCCUGAUCAGCCACCGCCUGCUCAGAUUGCUCGGGGAGUACACCAUGCAGAUCUACCUUUUGGCCAACCCGAUACAUGACCUGCUACCACAAGUAGAUGUGUCGCAGCUGUAUCUGGCCAUCUUUGUGUGCUCCGUGGCGCUCACCGACCUGGUGGAGCGUCCCAUGGCGGAGCGGCUCAAGCGGGCCACCGAUGCUCUGCAAAGCACAGGUGCUCGGGAGGAGGAUGGCAGUCUGCUAGCAGAGGGCGCGUGA